CAAUGUUCUCUUCCCUGUGGGAAUACCCCCUGAUGAAGGAGCUCCUCAUAGAACGUGAUCCUCGCACCGCCGGCUGGCCGCUGGUCGGGAACAAGCAGUUCCUGGCCUUCCUAUUUGUCUCGUACAUAUACGUCGUGAAGAUUGGAGGGCCGCGCUUCAUGAAGAGCCGCAAGCCGUAUGAGGGCAUCAAGCCGCUAAUCAUCGCCUACAACGCCAGCAUGGUCCUCCUCAACUGCUACUUUACGGUAGCCUUCCUCAAGAGGUCGUACCUGGGCGGCGGCUACAGCCUCCUCUGCCAGGGCGUCGACUACGAGGCUCGCGACGAGCUCUCGAUGGGCUUGCUAAACCUGUGCUGGUGGUACCUGCUCGUCAGGAUGGCCGACUUCCUGGAUACCGUGUUUUUCAUGCUGCGCAAGAAGGACGCGCACGCCUCGUUCCUGCACAUGGCGCACCACAUCCUCAUCGUGUUCAACGGCAGCUUCGGGCUCGCCUACGGUUCUGACGGCCAGAUUACCCUCGCAGUCAUUCUGAACAGCUUUGUGCACGUGGUGAUGUACUCCUACUACCUGCUGUCUCUGCUAGGGCCGGCCGUCCGCAAGCAUCUCUGGUGGAAGCGGUACCUGACUCAGCUCCAGCUGGUCCAGUUCAUCGUCGUGUUCACUCACUCGUUAGUGCCGCUGUUCGUCAACUGCGGAUAUCCGCGGCCGCACACCUACAUCAUGGUCUCUGAGGCCAUUUUCUUCUUCACUAUGUUCAUUCGCUUCUACGUCCAGGCCUACAACAAAAAGAAGGCGUGAACGGUGAACCCAAGGUCAGGCGUCAGUACGAGCGUUCCAUCCUCUAGUGUCCGCUCAUACGAGCAUUUGCUAGCCGUCGGGACACGAUGCACAACUCGCGUACAUUUCCUUCGCAACCUGCACGGAGUGCUGAAGGAGGAGUACCGAAAGCUGACUGCCGGAAGUAGAACGCCGGAAUCGGACGGCUUCAUUCGAACUGCACUUCUUUACUGCAGUAUCACGCGAUGUUGCAUUGGUAUGUAAAAGUUUGCUCACGCAUUCUUUCUGGUGGUAAAUUUUCAUUAUGGGCUCGUGCUCUACCGUCACCAUCAGCGUGCUAUGCUUUAUCCAGAGAGGCUGUACUCACGAGUAUUUAUGGGACCGUCCCGCCUAACAUUUGUGAUCCAAGACAUCUCAUUGACAUCAGACUAUUUGUGUCGAUGGAUACGCUCCUCGGGCAGCAUGUUUCAGCGGAGCUUAACGGCUGCUAGUAGACGUCGUCUACUUACCGAUUCCCAAACUUGGAGCAAAUUUGUUUAAAUCAGGCAAGUUACACCGUACUCAUAGGAAACGAUUGCAAGGGUUACAUCUGAAAUUCCGCCUAAUAUACUAAGGACAUAAUGUACAGAAAAGCGUGGACUCCCCGCUCACUGUAUCUGUGCGUAGAUGGACUAGUCAGGCUGAUCAACGAUGAACACUCAAACACACAAACAGCCAUUUCUCACACGCAGAGCCUCAUCUCGAAAUAUUCAUUUUAUGACGCAAUCUGCACGCCACGUAUAACAGUAUGGUGUUCAAAUGACAGGUAUUUCUGUGAUGUUUAUUGUCUGGUGCACUUUGGCGUUCCUUGAUAUGACGGCGGCAUUAGACCAGCCUAGUUUUACUGCGCGAUUAGGUCUAAACAUCUUAGUCGGCUGACCAGGAAGAUGACCGCGGAAGCCGAGAUCAUACGAAUAGAUAGGAGUCGCCCUUGCCCUCAAGUUCCUUAUGCCUUGUGCGACCUGAAAUUUUUUG